AUGCCUACUGAAUCUGUUGAAGAACGUCGUCGUCAGGUGUUGCUCGGCGAGCUUCCGUCGCACUUUUUGCGACUUGCCGUGCCAAUUCAGUCUGGUGAACGAGUUGAGCAACUUGAGCGGCGUCAACUCGGAUUUUUUCCGCCAAACACCCGCGGGCGACUCUCAAUCACAAUCCAAGAUGCGAAUUUGGUCAAAAAUUAUAGCAUUGUGAGAAUGGAUCCAUAUUGCAGAAUUCGCGUGGGAAAUGUGAUAUUUGAAACGAAUGUUGCUUCGAGCGGCGGACGAAAUCCGAGUUGGAAUCGAACAUUGCACGCAUGGCUUCCACACAACGUCGAAAGCGUUUAUGUGCAGAUUUUCGAUGAAAAAACGUUUGGUCCUGACGAGGUGAUCGCGUGGUCUCAUAUUAUUCUCCCAACUACAAUUUUCAAUGGUGAUGUUGUCGCUGACUAUUUUCCACUAAGCGGCCCACAAGGGGAGAACAAGGAAGGUAUGAUCCAUUUGACGUUUGCAUUUGCUGCAAUCGAACAACAACAACAACAACAAGAGCAAAUGGAUGUCCCACCGCCAAGACCGGUCGAAAUCACCGAUGAAGAUACGAAGGAACUCGAAGCAAUGUUUCCGUCGGUCGACAAGGAAGUUAUCAAAUGUGUGUUGGAAGAACGCCGCGGCGACAAAGAUGCCACUGUCAACGCGUUACUCGAAAUGACGAAUACCGAAGCCAAGAGUCGGACGAAAUAUUUGGUGUUCGAUUCAAUCAUUAUGUCGAUAUGCUUGGGAAUGUUUAUUGCUAUCGAAAGUUUGAGGAUGGAACAUUUUUGGGGUCGACGUCAAAAAACUUCGACGAUCCUCGAAUUGUGUGCGCAAAAAGCGAAAUGGAAUGGUAUCGAGGACGAAAAAAUGUCGCAUUUGAUGGAUCUCGGUGUGUGUUUUGGAAAACAAUUCCACACGAUGUCUGGAAUUCCACCAACUCGUCGUCAUUUCCGUAUUCUACGACAUAUUCGCUUCUACGAAUUCUGCCAACCAACAGCGAAAAUUUUUGUCGCAAUCCGAAUAAAAAUACACUGGGACCAUGGUGUUUUGUUCAGAUUUGUGCCAAAACCAUGUUUCAAACAAUGCAAAAUAGCGAGCACGAGUUUCGCAUGUCUCGACAAAAACGUGUUUCAUCAUAUCGGAGAAAACGGCGUCAUUGAUGUGAGCGAUUUGCUCGAUGUGCCACAAUUAAUCGCGACAUUCCCAAAUGUGCAUUUGAUGUUUGAAUCACGAGUUUUGCUCGAUGAAAAUGUUGAACGAAAAUUGAGAAAAACAUGCAUUAGUAGUGGGAACGUUUCCAAUUAUUUUGGUCCGUGGAUUGCUGUGCUCGAUGAAGAAGCAAAAAAAUUUAUCAAAAAUGUCGGCAGACGAAAGCUCAUAUUGACGUGCGUACCGCUUCCUGAAUGGAUUGAUCAACUUCAAAUCGAAUCAUCGCAUCAAUCGAAUAUUCGCGAUGUUCUUUCCGAAGACGAAUUGACUGUUGGCGGAUGCUCGUUCUGGCGAUCGUGUUUCUCUUCGUGCCAAGACGAUGCCCGACAAUGUUGGUCCGCUAACGAAUCAUCCUAUUAUGGCACAAAAUCAAGCUCAAAAAACAUGCAGGAAUGUAUUAGUUGGACUAGUGCUACUUCGGACAUUUUUCAAGCAGUUUCUGCCGGAGGAAUUUCCGAAAAUGGAACCAAUAUUUAUCAUUUAUAUCAUUUUUUAUUGUUUGAUAAUGAUGAGAGUUUCAUGGCAAAAUCGCGAUUGUUCUUGAACACUGAAAAUCGCUGUAUGCUUCUUCGCUCAAAUAAUCGAAGUCGAAUGGAUGAAGAGUUUGACAUUUCGGAUGUUUCUAAUUACACGAGUUUCGAGGAGUACAGGGAGGCGUAUGAAUCGUUGUUCCUGUCGGGACCCGGAUGUUUCGUCAGAGAGAAGAAUAUACUGCAAUAUGUGCCGUGCUAUUUGCCUUGCUUGAACAACUACGUCCCUUCAGUGAAUUUGACCAAGGAGUAUUGUUUGGACGACGGCAAAUACAAAGUGUGUCGAUUGGUAAACUAG